AUGUUGACGGAGCUUUUCGCGACUCUGCCGACGCACGACUCGCGCGGCCAUCGACUCCAAGGGCGAUGGGCCAACCUUGCUUGGGCCGAAGGACUCGAUGUUGCGGUCCUACACGCUCUUGCCUUCGCUCGCAAUCGCUCUCAAGCCCUGGUCGCUCUGGGACGCAGCCUUGUCUACCUGGACUACACCUUGUGGACAGAUCGCUCGGCCCAGACACCGGUGCCCUCCCUCAAUUACUGGACUAGGUGCAUCGAGAACGGCACAGUCAUAUCGUUUGGCAUCACUCAUGCAGACAUCGCAGCGGGACGUGCGACCGGCAUGAUGAACUAUCUUUACGGUACGCUCAGCACGGCGAGCAGAAGGCAGUUCGAGCAACGCCAGCAGCGGCGGGCUGAGAUCUUCCAGAACGGCAGUACAAUGCAACUGGCGCCGCUCACAUCUCCUCUGGCGUACUACGCGCCCGACGAAGGGUUUCACGAAGGCACUCACACGCUGGAGCCGCUACUCGAGUUGCACGGCAACUACAUCACUUCGGAGCAGCGGAAUGAUCCGCACAGGGUUUUCGAUCCUCACCAUCCGGACGCCGACGACGCCGGCUUCCGCGCACGCUCGCUCCUCAAGCCCGAACUUGGACGUCGUGCGGCAGGAAUCUACGGGGUCAACAGGGAGAGGUGGGCGCGGUCGAGGCCGUUCUAG